UUGUUUUGAGCACACAUUGGUCGAGCAGCGCGGUCGGCUGCCCCGAGGGCGGCAUAUUACGAUGGGUAUAUAAUUGGCGUCCCUGGAAUGUCACCAAACGCCUCCUGGUUGUCUCUCGAGCAUGCCUCCAGAGUUGAGACCGACAGACACCUUUACUUGGAACUCAUCGAUUUAGAACAGCAUGUCCGGGGGCUCUAAACUCAGAGUCCUCAUCGUGGGCGCCUCCAUCGCAGGGCCAACAGCAGCCUACUGGUUCGCCAAAGCCGGUGCACGCGUCACUGUCAUCGAGCGCUUUCCCCAGCUACGCACCAGCGGCCAGAACAUCGACAUCCGCACCGUCGGCGUGACCGUCAUGCGCAAGAUGCCCGGAAUGGAGGCGGCUGUGCGGGCAAAGACGGUGCCCAUGAGUGGCAUCAGCUUCCUCAACACCAGCGGCCGCCCGAUCGCCACCAUCAAGCCGAGCGGCAACCCGGACCAACAAGCCCUCAUCUCGGAGUACGAGAUCCUGCGCGGCGACCUGGCCAAGAUCCUAUACGACAUGACCAAAGACGACAACAACAUCACCUACGUCUUCGGUGAACAGAUCUCAUCCAUCCAGCAGCACGACGACAGCAACAACAAUGACGGCCCAGUCACCGUAACCUUCGCGAACAACACCCUACCACCAUCCGAGUUCGACUUGGUCGUAGCCGCCGACGGCGCCACCUCACGCACCCGCGCCCUCGGCCUAGGCUGUGCCGUGCGCGAACACAUGCGCCCGCAGCACCAGUGGGCAGCAUACUUCUCCCUGCCCCGAGACGGGUUGCUCGAUAACGACAACAACGAGCUAAGCCAGCUAUACAGUGCGCCAGGCGGCCGUCUCACCGCCGUGGCACCCGACGGCGGCGCAAGACCGGGCGUCGCGCGCGCGACUCUCAUGGCACACCACCCACCACCACCACCCAAGUCUUCCUUCUCCUCUUCUUCCUCAUCCUCCUCCGACUCCUACCCGAUGCAAGCAUUCCGCAAAGCAGCCCAAAGACAAGACGACAACGGCGCCUCCCUGAAACAAUUCAUAGCCGAGCAAUGGACAAACACAGGCUGGAAAUGUGACACCAUCAUCAAGGGGAUGCUCCAAUCCCACGACUUCUAUGCCUCGGAGAUCACACAGGUUAAGGUCCCCUCCCUGCAUCGGGGGCGGUUUGUGCUGGUCGGCGACGCGGGCUACGCGCCCGGCCCCACCGGCACAGGUACCAGUCUUGCCCUGGUGGGCGCGUAUGUCCUUGCCGGCGAGGUGGGUGUUAAGCACAGGGGGGAUUUGCGGGCUGGGCUGAGGGGAUAUGAGGAGGUUAUGAAGCCGAUUGUGGAGGACUUGCAGCGGAUUCCGCCGGGUCUGGGGACCGUGCUAGCGCCGCAGACCUGGUGGGGGUUGUGGCUGCGGAAUGUGCUGUUGUGGGUUGCGUGGAGGACGAGGGUGCUGGGGUUAGCGCAGAGGGUUGUUGGUGGUCUCUUUGCUGGGGCAUUUGCCGGCGCGGAGAAGUAUACCCUGUCGGAGUAUGAGUGGGAGGCAUGACGGUAAGGGAUGCGUGGU